CUACAGAAAUACUACCCACCAGACUUUGAUCCAACUAAAAUUCCUAAACUAAAGCUACCAAAAAAUCGAACUUUCUGCAUUCGUCUCAUGGCUCCAUUUAAUAUGAGGUGCAAUACUUGCGGUGAAUAUAUUUACAAAGGAAAGAAAUUUAAUUCCCGAAAAGAAACCGUUGAAAAUGAAAAUUAUUUGGGCCUCCAUAUUUUCAGGUUCUAUAUUAAGUGUCCAAGAUGCAUUGCAGAGAUAGCUUUCAAGACUGAUCCCGUGAGCACUGAUUAUGUGCUGGAAGCUGGGGCGACAAGAAAUUUUGAAGCAUUGAGGACUGCUGAACAAUUGGCAAUCAAAGAACAAAAAGAAAAAGAUGAAGAAGAAGCUGGAGAUCCGAUGAAGCUGUUAGAAAACCGAACAAAAGCAUCACAAAAUGAAAUGAAUAUGCUAGAAACUUUAGAAGAUUUGAAAGAGAUGAAACAAAAACAUGAUCACGUACAUUUGAAUGAUGUUCUUGAAAAGCAGAAGGUUUACCAAGAACAUCUCCAGAAACUUAUAGAAGAAGAAGACGAAGAAGAGAUAAAGUAA